AAUGGAAGUCUUAGGGUUGCAUUUGCUAAAGAUUUCAAAAAUUUCUUAGAGUCAAUGUCGUACCUAAAUAUAAAAGAAGUAAUAUCUCAAAGCUUUCGGGAACAAGAUGUCGACGGUUUUUCAGACAGAUUCACCACCAUUGAGUCCUAGAAGCCCACCUCGCAAAAGAACCAAGUUUUCAUUGAAGCUUAAGAACAAGAAGUCGCUGAGCGAGAUCGAAAACAGGGAGAAGUUGCACCCAAUAUUUAGCCCCUCGACUUCUCAGAAUACAAAAGGUGAAGAUGCUUUUGAACCUCCAAUCCCUCCUCCUCCUUUUGCUGGAUUGAAGAAUCUUGGAAAUAUUUGCUAUGCAAACGCUGUAUUGCAAGUGUUGCGGUUUUGUCCCGGCUUAUUACAAUCUGUCAUGGAAAUCGACUCGCUCGUCAGGAAGCUAUAUCCCUCAAAAUCAGCUGACAAUGAACAGGGCCCAGACAAAGACAUAGACCCCUGUGACAACACUGGUAAUGACCACAGACCAGUUGUUUGCAAACUAAAAGAGCUUUUCAGUGAGAUGAAAGAGGUGGAGAUGGAUUAUUGUGAGAACAAAGAGAAUUGUGAUCAUCUCGUGCAAAGAAGAAGUUAUUUGAUUCUGGCUGCAAAACCUUCUGGUUUCAUGGAGAUGUUCAGGAAGCAAAAUCCAAUGUUUGAAGGCAAUCAGCAGCAUGAUGCCCAAGAAUUCUUGUGUAGCUUGCUUGUAAAUCUUCAAGAUACAGAGAAUGAUGUUAAAAAGAAAACUGAAGAUACACCAGUUGUAAGAGAGUUAGAAGUCCCAUUUGGCAAUUCAAGGAGUAACAACAGAAUAAGCAAACAUGUAAGCCCAGUAGAAGAAUUGUUUCAGGGACGACUUCUGCAUCAGACUAAAUGUAUGACAUGUGAAGAGGCCAAGAAAAGGUUUGAAAAUUUCCAAGACAUCAGUGUUCCAGUUCAACAGGAGCCAAAAGUGUAUGAUGCAAACACUGCUAACACAUUUUCACCAACACCAAAGAAAGGACAAGAUGGCAAAAGCCUUUCUUGGGCCCUGUCACAGUUUGCUAGGAUAGAACAUCUGACAGGAGAGAACAAAUACUUCUGUGACAAUUGUCUCACCCAUACUGAAGCUGAGAUAUCCACAUGUUUUGACCAACUGCCAAACAUACUUAUAAUCCAUCUCAAGAGGUUUACUGCAAAUGCCUCAUUGGGAUUUUUAUCAAGUAGUGUUUCCAAGAUAACCUCAAAUCUUGAGACACCCAUGGAGCUGUCAGUGAAGGAGUGGUGUUCAAAAUCAUGUCCUCUAUCUAACCCUACCUACCAUCUAUUUGGCAUUGUAAUGCACAGUGGUAUGACAUCUUGCAGUGGACACUAUCAGGCUUAUGUUCAGGUGCCAAAACACCAUCACUAUGGCAAUGCACAAGUAUUGUCCUCUGAUAAAGGAAAGAGAGUGGACAGUUAUGAACCAUCAACUGCAGAGUUCAAUUCACACUCUUUCUCAAGUGUUAGUGAAAAAUCAGUUGGUUAUAACUCUUUUCUAAGAGAUGAGAAACCUGAUAAAAUUCAGGCCCCAAGUCCUGAGAACUCUGCUGAGAAAGUGAAGAUAACAUGUAUUUCUGGAAUAACAAAAUUCUUUCACAAAUCAAAGAAGCAUUCUACAAGUGAAGGAAUGAAGCAUUCUACAGAUGAAGGAACUGAUGAGGGAAACAAACACCUUGCUGAAAAAUGCAGGAAUUUUAGUACACCAACACUUAGCUGCACAGGAACCAAAAAAUCAGUGAGUAAGAUCCACAGUUUUCAGUACCAAAGUGGCACAAACUCUCACAGAAGUGCAAUAAGGCAACUGAAUUUCCAACAAAAUGAUGGACAACUGCAUCGAGAAAGACAGAGGCAAGGUGAAGGACAAAUGCCACAUACCUGUAGAAGUGUCACAGAAACUGAGGAAUUUCAAUGGAUUCAUUUUGAUGACGCUGAAGUUAGAACCAUAGAAGAAUCUGACGUAAAAACAUUGCUGUCAUCAUCUGAAUCAUCCUUCACCUCUCCUUACUUGCUGUUUUACAAAUUAGCAGAGUCAUAUGUUUAAUUUAUUUCAAGGAAGAUGGAUUUCUACAGAAAAGGCUUGUUUUUGUGAUUCAAUGAAAUCUUAAUGUCUGUGGUUGUCUAAAGGACUCAAUUCCAAGAUAGACUGAUUCAUAUUAAUAAAAAUUUGUCUCUCUAGACUGAAACCUUUUGUAAAGAAAAGAACAUUCUUGUACAAAUUAUUCUACACAAAAAUCAUAUAUGCAACUUAUCAUCAGAAUUUAUCAUCAUAAGUUCUUCAAUAUUGUUAACAAUACUUUUUUAAAUGUAGUAUUUGCCUUGUGUGAAUUUAACAAUUUUUCAUUCAAUUAUGUUAGGAAGUGAAACAAAAAUACAUGCAAGAGUCUAAUACUCUAACUGAUACUUUUGUAUUGAAAAUUUUAAUCAUAUCUUGAACAGUUCUCUUUUCUAACUUUUUAGAAUUUUGCAGUGUCAACUAUCAAACAAUCGUUUCAUUAAAACUUAGAAUAAAAUAGGUAUUUUAUCAACUGCCCAUUCAGAUGAAGUAGAUUACUUGUGAUUUAUGUUCACGUAUUGUCAAGCAAAUUAUCCUGAAAUCCAGUAACCGCACAACAGUGUUAGCUUUGAAAGUUCUGUUAACAUGUGUUUCAUUUUAAUAUUUUUGUGUCAAGCCCCUUGGUGUCUCACUACUGGGAAAAAAACCUGAAGGAAGAGGCCAUUAAAUUAUAUUGGCCCUACCAGCUUAGUUCAACCUUUAGCUGAAAAGCUUCUGUCUAAAACCAGCCUUUAAAAAUGAACUAUCGACUCACUCACCAUAAAAGGCUGUAGUUUGAGAUUCAAGAUGCCCUAAUGGCAAAUCUGGCAAUAUUUAUUUGACAUUUUAACAUUUCAUAAUGUGAGCUGAAAAAUGAAUCUUCAUCUCUGCAUUUUUCUCUUUACCUAACUUAAUUACCUUGUAUAACUUUGCGAGAAAGUUUACAUGAAUGAAGUUCUACACAGUCACUUCAUAACCUCCAACAUUACACACUUUGAUCUCUUUAAGGUGUUCAGUAAAGAAGACUCUU